AUGGGGUUACCAGGAACCAGGCUCGGGGCCUUCCGAGCGUAUUUCUUCGGAUACUUCGUCUGUACGGCCGGUUUCCUGUUCGGAUAUGACACUGGAAUUGUUGGUGGUAUCCUCGAGUUCAAGUCCUACAUCGAUGAUUUUAGUUACAAGGACCAGACAACCGUCAGCGCUGUGAUGGUAAGCUUGCAAAAUGUAGGCGCAUUCCUAUCCGCCUUAUCUAUCUUCUCGGUGUCCGAACGGUACGGGCGGAAGAAAACAGUGCAGGCAGCCAUGACUGUGUUCUGCCUCGGUGUGGUUCUGCAGGUGGUACCAUCACACUCCCUCGUUUGUUUCUAUAUCGGGCGGUUUGUUGCUGGUCUCGGUCUCGGUGCAGGAACUGCGGUCGUCCCAGCAUACAAUGCCGAAAUGGCACCUAAGGAAAUUCGAGGCAAGCUCGGAUCAGGGAUGCAAUGGCUCUUUGCGCUGGGUGUGAUGUUGAGCUACUGGAUCGACUAUGCCGUGAAAAUCACACUGCCCGUCUCUUCAAGGCAGUGGCAGAUUCCGGUUGGUCUCCAGAUGGUGCCAGCUGGAGUUCUCGGACUGGGGCUGUGUGCUAUGCCAGAAAGUGUACGCUGGUUGGCCAAAAGAGGCCGAUUUGAUGAAGCAUGGGAAAGCCUGAAAUGGAUGCGAGCCAGUGAAGGCUCUGAAGUGAGGGCAGAAUUCAACGAAAUCCGAGUCGGACUCGAGGAAGAGCUACGAGCAACCGAGGGCUUUAAUAAACGAGAACUCCUCGAGCCCGCCAACCGCUACAGACUGCUCCUCGCCUUUUUCAUGUUCUGUGGUCAGCAGUGCACUGGAAUGACCGCACUGGCUUACUUCGGCCCCCAGUUCUUCAAACUGCUAGUUGGCAACAACACUAACCAGUCCCUUCUCAUCACUGGGCUUUUUGGUGCUGAAAAGUUCGUCACUGUUGGCAUCUACAUCUUGUUCUUCUCCGAGAUGUGGGGACGCAAGCCGACCCUUUGGAUUUCAGCUCUGUUGAUGGCCGGUUGCUUCAUCAUUGUCACAGUCGUCAAGGAAACCACGCCAAAGCCCGAUGCAAAAGCCACCCCGGCUGGUAUUGGCAUGGUGGCUAUGAUUUUCCUGACCAACUCGAUCUACCAAUUCAGUUGGGGCCCAUUGCCGUGGCCAUACACUGCCGAGAUCUUCCCAACACGAAUUCGGGAGGUCGGAACCUCGGUCGCAGUAUCAACACAAUGGCUUUUUAACUUCCUUUUCUCCCUGGUGACGCGCUACAUGAUGGAUUCCUGGGGCAGUUACGUUUUCCUCUUCUACGCGGUCCUGGAUAUUAUCAUGGCGAUUAUUGUAUUCUUAUUUGUCAAAGAGACGAAAGGGAAAAGUCUUGAAGAGAUGGAAACUAUUUUCCACAGCAAGGCUGCAUUUGAUGUCGAUGCUGUCCGACGUGAAACGCUCGAUGCGGAUGAAGUUAAUGUACAUCAUAAGUCGUUCUACUGCCAUCUUUGUGGCGUGAGCUUCAACAUCAUCUUUCGCCUAAAAUCUGGGGAGCUGGACGUGUCCGGUCCUCACGCCGGCCAAUGCGAUGCGACAGACACUGUUUAUUCUACAGAUAAUGACGACAGGGCUCAGGAUCCUGAUUAUCAAUCCGAUAAAGAUUGUGCCGACAAUGAGCCAUUUGAAUAUGACUCCGAUUACGAAUCAACCGACGGCAUGAGCCUUGGCGAAGAUGCGCACAUGGAAGACAGGGAAGACAGCAGUACUGAUGCAAAUAAUGAAUCCGAAGGUCAAAUGUAUUACAACUGGGUCUUACAGACCUUUGAUCCGUGGAGUGCCACGAGGAGAGAUCCCGAACUGCGUGUUGGAUAUUUUGAUAGUCCGAUGUCCGGCUACUCGGCUGAUGCUAUCUCACCUGAAGAAGCGAGAGGCUGUCGCACCGCACAGUUCCUGGUGCAUAAAGCCUCCACACGGGAUCAAUGGCAGGCUGAUCAGCUACAUGAGCCAUGGGAGGUCAAUGGGGAUUGGUCUUUAUCCGGGAUUUGUGACGGAACACCGUCGCGCGAUAUAGGCAUCCCAACAGUGCGGCCCGUGCGCAAUGGAAUAGAGGAUGUAGAGACGGACAAUGUGAACUUUGGGGUGCCAGAGACAACACCAGAUGAUAUAGCCAUGCCGUUCCAUCCGUGGUGCUUUGAUAUCUUCUGUCGACAAUCCAAAGUCCAGUUUCAGCACGUCAAUGUUUCAGGACUGAUGAGUUGGCGUAAUGCCGAGUUUGACUGGGAUGCCUUUGGAUCAUUUCCUCGAGCCAAGGAGGUUAAGAGUUCACAGCAGCAGUGGUGGUCCCAUGAGCCUGGUACCGAGUAUCUGGUUGCCAAUCCCCUCUAUGUGCCCGGUUUACCAGGGAUUCUUCUGGCCGCGGUGAAGGACGAAGAAUCGUGUGCCUCAUGUGACCCGUAUUAUGAGAUUGAGAGGUCUCAAUCCGCGACGAACCGAUCUCCCCCAUCCCGCAACAGCCAGGGCGACUUUCUCUCUUUCCUUCCCGCGGAAAUUCGGCUCAUGAUUAUCGACUAUUUGGGCUCUAGUGAUAUCACCAGUCUAAGUAUUGCUUCCAAGGCAUUCAGUGGACUCCCAAACAGUGUGUGGUACAAACUAGUACGCAGAGAAAUGCCUUGGUUAUGGGAAGCCUGGGAUGAAUCCGAAUGCAUGCACUACCCUUCACUCUGGACCAAUAUAACAACAGCCGAGAUCAACUCUUUAAUUAGGGCACGGAGUAUCUAUGCCAGGGCAUUGUGUGAAGAUUCUCACACAGAGGAUGCCGCCCACAGAGCUGCUGAGUGUCGAUUUCCCCUUUCAGUGGCCAUGCCGGACCAGGUGAAAUUGCCUAAAGUGAACACUGAUUGGCGUCGUGUACUCAUGCAAAUCCAACUCCAUUGGGACGAGCUCAAGGGGUUGCGGAAUCGACAGCGGAUCUGGGUCGAUGUGGAGGAAGUCGUGAGGCGCAUUCGCAAGUUUGAUACGUAG